AUGUCGAUUAAAAUUCUUUUCGAACAAAUCGAACAGUCAACUAAUCAUAUUUUGAGUGAUUGUGAUCUACAAUCUGUGACGAUUCGAAGAGAAGAGCAUGGGCAAAGAGAUGAAGGAACAACUAACAAGAAGCCAGCAACAGUAAAGAUUUUAUAUCGAGAUGAAAUUUGUGGAACUGAUGUCGAUACUGAAGAUAAGUGUGUUGGGCCGAGUACUCUGAAAGUGAAUGUGGCGACAAAAUACGAAUUUCAGAAAUUGAAUGCAACGCAGAUCCAUCGAGCAAUAAACGAUCCGAGACUCGGUGAAUUCUUGGUCCGAGUGUACCCUCUACUCAAAGAAGAACUGGAUAACUCGGAUUUGUUCAAUAAACUCUGA